CCCCUCAGGGUCAACGAGUGACCCAGGUGACGGUUUCGCUCCCUCAACCCGUGCCGAUUCAGAGGCCUUUUCCCGGGGUGGCUACGAAGGUUGAAGGCCCGACUACUACUCGAAGCGUUAAGAACUGGCCGUCUCCUUUAAGAGGGGGGGCUGGGCUUGCUGUGACCUCUCCGUAUGCCCGCCCCUUCCUGGUUGCUAUAGCGACUGGCCGCUGGCGUCCUAAAAUGGCGUCCCUCCUGACAGACACUUUGUUUGAAGCGCGAGGACAGGCUCCGGCGCCCAGCAAGGAUUUCUACCAGAUUAUCGUCUCCCGGAAGGAUGUGAUUUUUAGGUGGUGGAAAAUUUCUCUUCGGAGUGAAUUUCGUGAAGCAAGACCUGGUGAACUCAGUGAAUCUCAUGAAGAUUUCCUGGAUGAUCCCAAUCUUCAAAUUCAGAUAGCCAUCAUAUUUGGAGCAGGUACUCUGGAUCAUAUCUUCAAUUUGUGCCGAGGUAAUUUCGAUUUCCUGGUUCGACUUCCUGACGCGUUGCUUCUGAACAUCAUAUCCUAUUUGGAUCUUGAAGAUAUUGCCAGACUUUCUCAAGUAUCUCACAGAUUUGAAGCGUUAUGCAACUCUGACAAACUGUGGGAGAUGGUUGUACAAAAUUUGAUGGGUAGAAUUACCCCAGAAAUGAAAUCACUGGCAGACGAGAUGGGCUGGAAGCAGUUCUUCUUCACUAACAAGCUUCAACUGCAGGUCCAACUCAGUAGAAGGAGACAGAAGAAAUCUGAUUCAGCAGAAAGCCUGUCAGAUUAAAGGCAUAGAUCUUCUUCUUCGCGGCAACUGGUGUGUACUUGUUCAGAUAAGGGUGGCUUGUUUUGCUUUCUUGGAAUAGUAAAUUGAUUGCAGGAUUUAAGUGAGGAAGAAGCCUAUCUUGAUGGAAAUCUUUAAGGCAUAUCAAUAGGAUUCCUAUUGAUGUUUCAUAUUUUCUGUGUACAACAUUAGCAGUUCUUAUGCAGUAACAGCGAAGCACAGGACACUUUCUCAUAUUUUUACUAAAGAAUUAGAAGUACAAUAUGAUGGCAACUUGUAUGUGAAGAUGUUAAACAAUCUUGGCAGGCACGUCUGUUGGUAUGUUAAUUGGAACAUUAUCAAAAUAGCUGUGUAAACAAAUCGAACUAUUCUCUUUGAGAAGCUUCUAUUGAGACCAAAAGCUGCAGGGAAUUAGCAGGCUGUAGAGAACCAAGAGACCUAGUUAGGUGCACAAAGAGAAUAAGACUCUCAAUUGCAUUAAAAACAUUUACUUCUGUUUAAAUAUUUCUGAAGGCCACUAUAAAUAGUCAGAGAUGAAUGUAGGUGCAUUAACAAAAAGGUACACUUUAGGAUCUGGAAUCCUCCUCCAUCUCUGCCCAUUUCCAUCCUAGCAGAGGAACAUAUGCUGAUCUCGAGUAAACUAAGGCAGGAUCUCGAGUAAACUAAGCAAAAUAGGUAUGUGCACUAAUCGAGAUUCGAGCACUGUUUUGAAGCUGAACUGGUCCAUGGGGCUACGCGGCGGGGGAGGGGACUGAUUCAACUGGUGGAGGGCAGUGCUGCGGGCAGGGGGCAGCAAGCAGCACCUUUAAAAGUGAGGACAGCAGGUCCUUAAUUGCUCCUCCACAACUCCAUGCGGCUUCCUGCUGGGGUGGCACACACCCCAGCAGCCUGCACAUGCUGGCGCACACACACACCCCGAAGCCCUUGUGUGGCAGUGCUGCGCCACUGCAUACAGGCUGCUGGGGGCAGCACCUUUAAAAGUGAGGACAGCAGGUCCUGAAUUGCUCCUCUGCCACUCCACGCAGCUUCCUGCUGUGGUGGCACACACCCCAGCAGCCUGCACUUGCUGGCAGCACUGCCCCCAGCAGCCCAUAUGCAGUGGCACAGCACUGCCACACAAGGGCUUCUGGUGGGGAGAGCUGCCAGCAUGUGCAGGCUGUUAGCAGGGGGUAUGCUGCCACAGCAGGAACUUGCAUGGAGCAGUGGAGGAGCAGGUAAGGACCUGCUGUCCUCACAUUUAAAGGUGUCGCUCACUUUCCCACCUAACAUCGCCCUCCACCAGUUGUCUUGGCUCACUGCCUCCACGAACCAGUUCAGUUUCAAAUCAGUGCUCUAAUCUCAAUUCGUGCACACCCCUACUACAAAAAUCCUGCAAUCUGAGAAGGUGGAAAAUCAUGCAUGAAUUAAGCAUCUGCAUGCCAAUGCACAAUAUACUUCAAGAACUAUAAACAGCACUGGGCAACAUGUAGACCAAGUUAGUCACAACUAAGUCCUACUGAAAUGUAUGUGACAAAUUAGUAAUAAUUGGCUAACUUGUCUCAGUGAUUUCAGUGGUGCUUAGUCAUGACUAACUAGUUUGGAUGUUGCUUGGGUUAGGUUGUUAUCUGGGUUAUUUUAAGCUAACUAUUGCCCACAUAGCUUAUAAAUACAUUGUCUUUAAUUAUAUGCAUAGAGAACCAAUUAAGCUGCUUGCAUAAUAAAAGUUGCUCAUUUUUAAAGAAGCUGUUGAAUUGAAGCUUUCAAUAAUUGUAUUACUUUGAUCAGCCUUUAAAGCAGAGUAUCACCCAAACAAUAUGCUAAAAUGUUGUUUGCACUGACCUUGGCUACAGCUUUGAAGCCAGCCCUAAUAUUUCAAUUAGCAGAGGGUAUAUAAAUGAAUUUUGCCAAUCAUACACAGGGCACUCUGUGUUGCAACAUCAAAAUAAUUAAGCUUUUAAUGUUAGGAUUAUCUUCAGCUGAAAAUAAAUUAUAUUGCUUUUAGUGCCCGCCCCCCAUCCACUCUUUCUCAGAAUCAAUUUAAUUAUUAUUAAUUUAUUUGCUACAUUUAUAUACCUCCUUUCUGUCUUGAAUUAAUGAUACCAUUAAAAAUUAUAUUUAGUAGUUUUGCUGUUGUUAUAUUAGAGCUCUAUAAAAUGUGCCAUUGGAAUUUAAGCACUUUGAAUUAUAAUUAUUUUAUUCCAUGUUUGACAAAAUAAUUUGCUUAAAAAUAUUCUUUAUUUUAAGUAAUACACAGUAUUUACCAUAUAUAGUCAGUAUUUACCUGGGCUACGCUAAACUGUUUGAUUAUCUGAUUUCCUUAUUAUUAAACGCAGUUUUAUUUCAGUGUUAUUUGUAAGUCACUUAUGUAAUCUGUACAUCCUUUUUGCCCAUUUUUAAAUGAAAAAUAAAAUAUUUUUCUAACUUA